AUGCACAACAAGAAUCCAUUCUUUCGAGUCUUGUUCUUUCUUCUUUUAAUCUGUCAAAUACCAAUCACUCUCUCUCUCUCUUUCUUUUCUCAUAAGAGUACCAAUCACUCUCUCUCUUUCUUUUCUCAUAAGAGUACCAAUCACUCUCUCUCUCUCUCUUUUUCUUUUCUCAUAAGAGUACCAAUCACUCUCUCUCUCUCUUUUUUUCUCAAGAAGUACCAAUCACUCUCUCUCUCUUUCUUUUCUCAUAAGAGUACCAAUCACUCUCUCUCUCUUUCUUUUCUCAUAAGAGUAACAAUCACUCUCUCUCUCUCUUUUUCUUUUCUCAUAAUAGUACCAAUCACUCUCUCUCUCUCCUUCUUUUCUCAUAAGAGUACCAAUCACUCUCUCUCUCUCUUUUUCUUUUCUCAUAAUAGUACCAAUCACUCUCUCUCUCUCUCUCUUUCUUUUCUCAUAAUAGUACCAAUCACUCUCUCUUUCUUUUCUCAUAAUAGUACCAAUCACUCUCUCUCUCUUUUCUCAUAA